CAGCAAUCAGUCGCCACUGGGUUAGCGCGCUUGCAGCACGAAGCUCGAGAACCGUCGCGUAAAUCAAAGUCAGAGGGAGAGACCGUCGGAACUGUAACUGCAAACAGUUAUGUCGUGUUUCUUGUAACUGUUAAUGUCAAUAUACCAAAGUGUAUCGCAAAGCAAACGAGAGGCGCGAGUUUCAAAUCAAACACAUACUAAACGCAAACGCGCCUCUGUUUCAGCAAGCUUCUUGGCGCACUCAACAAAGUUAUUUUUUGAAAAAAGCAAUCAAAAUUGUUGAGUGCAGUCUUGGCUACAAUAUGAUGGACGUUAGCAGCAUGUACGGCAACCAUCCACAUCAUCAUCCACAUGCUACUGCCACGGCCUACGAUGGCUACGGCAGCAACUACUUUCCCUCCCCGACCCACCAUAUUCAACAGCAGCAGCAACAGCAGCAACAACAACACCAACAACACCAACAGCAGCAACAGCAACUGCAGCAGCAGCAGCAACUGGCCUACAAUGGCUAUGACAGCAACUCGCCCAAUUACUAUCAGCAGCAGCUAACGCCGCCGCCAACCCAACACCAGCUGCAACAUCCUCUCGCUCAGCAACAACAGCAACAGCAACAGCUUUACCCGCAUUCGCACCUGUUUAGUCCCAGUGCAGCAGAGUACGGCAUCACAACCACGGCGGCUGUGGCCACCUCCGGCAGCACUCCACUACAUCCCACUAGCCACUCGCCCGCCGACUCCUACUACGACAGCGAUUCCGUGAACCCGUAUUACGCUACAGCCGCUGUAGCUACCGUACCGCCUCCUGCCAACAAUUCGCCUGUGACAGCGGCCAAUGCAACGCAGCAGCAGCAGCAGCAGCAGCAACAGCAACAGCAGCAGCAGCAGGCUCUGGAUGCGCAUGCACCCAUUAUUAGCUCGGAGAACGGCAUGAUGUACACUAACCUGGACUGCCUCUACUCGCCAAGUGUGGCGCAGGCGCAGCCACAUGUCUACGCCGGCCAAAUGGAGGAGAAGUAUGCUGCAGUGCUGCAUGCGGGCUAUGCGGCUGCAGCGCCUGGCAUGCUGAUGGAGGAUCCGUCGGACGCCAUGUUGCAGCUGGCUGCCGGACAGCAGCAGUCGCCGCCUCAAAUGUGGCACCAUCAUCAGCACAUGGGAGGCGGCUACGCCCUGGAUUCAGGCAUUGCCAUGGACUAUCCGCACGCGCAUCUGCAUCACGGUCUCAGUCACGGACACUUAGCCAGCUUGACUAGCAGCGCACAGCAGCAGCAGCAGCAGCAACAGCAACAGCAACAACAGCAGCAACAACAACAACUUCAGCAACAAGCGGCCGGUAGUGCACCUACUCAGGCGGUGCCGCAGCAUUCGAUAUCGCCCAACGGCGCUAGCAAUUGCCUGUCCAUGGCAAGAAAUCAACGUGGCGGCGGCGUCACGUCACCUGGCAGCUCCACCUCAUCAUCCACAGCAUCUGUGUCCGCUGCGAACUCCACGCACCAAGCGAACUCCCAAUCCAAAUCCCCAAAUCACGCGACCAACAUUCCAACAUACAAAUGGAUGCAGCUCAAGCGGAAUGUUCCCAAGCCCCAAGCACCGAAACUACCUGCCAACAUGAGCAACUUGCACGAUUACCAGCUGAAUGGUCACCUGGACAUGUGCCGCGGGGGCAGCUCUGCCGUCUUGCCCAUCCAGAACCCGCUGCUGCCGAGCAGCGCGAGCACGGGCGUCGCCACCAAUGGCCUGGCCAUGGGCGCCGGCGGUGGUGCUGCUGCUGUCGGUGGCGGUGCCGUUGGUGCCCCCGCCGGCGUCGGCCUCAGCAACUGCAGUCUGUCAUCCACGAACAACUCGGGCCGCACCAACUUCACCAACAAGCAGCUCACUGAGCUGGAGAAGGAGUUCCACUUCAAUCGCUACUUGACCCGUGCCCGCCGAAUCGAAAUUGCCAACACGCUGCAGCUGAACGAGACGCAGGUGAAAAUAUGGUUUCAGAAUCGUCGCAUGAAGCAAAAGAAGCGCGUCAAAGAAGGUCUCAUUCCGGCGGAUAUGAUAACGCAACACAGCGCACCCGUCUUAGCUGAGAAGCAGCCCCUACAACAACAGCAACAGCAACAGCAACAUCAACAGCAACAGCAGCCACAACAGCAACAACAACACCAGCAGCAGCAACAACAGCAACCCGAUCUGAAGGCUUCCGAAUUGACCAGCAGUGAAUUGCCAACAACAGCAGCAACAGCAACAGCAGCAACAACAGCAAUAUCCAAAUAGAACUAAACAAUUAAUAGCUAUUGUUGUUGUUGUUGUUGAAGAUGUUGUUGCAGCUGUUGUUGUUGAUCUUGUUGUUAAAAUACCCUGUACCCAUUGAGCCACCCCUGCAGCUUCAAAUAUCCAAAUAUAUACCAGACCAAGCUAACGUCGAACUAGCAUGGAGCAUACAUAACACAUAUCUGCUCUCAGUCAUCGCCACUAUCUGUCCGUCCGUCUGGCAGCCCGCCUCGGCUUAGCAACGUGUGCAGCUUGGCGAAAUCGAUUAAAAAUUUGAUUCGUUCAUGGCGUCAAAAGUUAUAUCACACCGUCAGCUGGACCCCAAGACUAGACUAGGCUUACUUCUGCUUCAUAGACGACAAAUCUAUAGAUCUAACGGACUCGUAUCCCAUUGAUCUCCGCCACCAGGAAUAUACCUACACAUUAUUAUAUAUUACACAAAUAUGUAAUGUUUAGAAAUAACAAGGUAAAGGGGCAUCGAUUUUCUUAUGGUAAUUACAUACACAUAUACAUAUGUAUAUGAGAGGAAGUUUAAUGAGUACAGGGUAUCUGCUAGUCGUGCGCUGCCGACUAAACAGUUUCAAUUCUUUCUUGUUAUUAUUUUUGCUGUUGUACAGAAUUGCCAAAUGUCAAGCGCAUUUUGUUGUGAUAAAUGAAUAGAAAAAAUAAAUCUAAAAAAAUAUAGCCCAAAAACAAAUAUAUUUAUAACAUAUAAAUAUAUACACAUAUUAUUUCAUGAUAGUAGCCAAUUAACUGCAUACUAAAAUGCACAGACACGAAGAAUAAAUAUAAUUCAUUUGUAAUUUGUACAAAUUAAUUAAAUCAAAUACUAACGUAGCUACUAUUUAGAAUCGGCAGCUGAAAGUUCGACUAGAAUAAACUAAACUCAGGGUUAUAUGAGCAAUUUGCAUUAACAAGCUGUAGAACGCCGAACAACUACGAGAUGCAAAGCCUAACAAACACUAUACAAAUACGUUAACUAAAUCAAAAUCUAUGCGAAUGCUGCCAUAAAACAGAUUCUUAAGCCAUUCAGCCGAACCGAGGGAGAGCAGCAUGGUAAUUAACUCGUACUCGUACUCGUACUCGUAAUCGUAAUCGUAUUUAGUAUUAUUAUUCUGUUACUGUAAGCAAGGCCUUCUCGAGACAAGAACAAGAGUUAUUCGACAAAUUGGUAUUCAAUCUUGAUGUAUGUACUAUAUAUAUGUAUACAAAUAUGCGUAUAUAUAUAUUGAUAUAUUUAUACAUAUACUCUAGUCUUA